UCUUUCCUGUCUCAACUGAUGUUCCGUGAAGAAAGGAGCUUCUCCAUCUUUUUCACCCAGGGCUUGGUGCUCUGUGGGAACUCAAAUGCAGGGGCUGUUGUCAUUGUUACUUCUAUGCAUGAAUUCAAACUGGGGGGAAAUACAAGUGUGUGUGUGUGUGUGUGUGUGUGUGUGGUCAGGGGUGUUUCCCUCCAGAUGGAUUUGCAUGUUCUUGACUAUUAAAGAAAAAGAAAAAAGGAACUGAGAAAAGCCCCAGACACCUGAGCUGGGGACACAAGGAGCAGAAGCUGUCAGGCUCUGCCUGCUCCGUCAGGCUCCUGGCGCUAGCUGUAGCCAUGUGCGCCCUGUAUACUAAUGCCGGGUGCCGAGACCUGCCGGAAGGGUCCAGGGAAGAGGAUGAUGAUGACUACGAGAACAUGACGCCACCCUACAAGGACCUUCCUCCCAAGCCAGGUUGGAUGGCUCCACCAAGACCUCCCAGGGCAGGAAAGAAAUCGGAGAGACCCCCACUUCCCUGUAAGCUCCCGAAGAACACGGGCCUGAAUGCCACCCCUGUCACCAGCUUGACUCCUCAUCUGGGCACUGAUCCGAUACAUCCUGCAUCCCAGCCGCCCAUAGCCAGUAAGUACUUUGGGGAUGUGCCUCUGUCUCCCCUCCCACGUCAUGACCCUAAUCCUUUGCCCCCCUACACCCCAUCCCCACUCUUGGAGAAAAGUUCAAGGGUCCUUUCCUCAAUGACGUACCAGCGUCAGUGUCUCUGUCCCUGUCUUCACCCCGCAGCAACUCCAGUGCCCUGGAUCAGUCAGAAGUUCGGAGGUCCUAGGUGUUACCAGGAGAGACUGAUGGUGUGCCUGUGUCUGCUGGUGGUGGUGUCACUGCUCAUGGGCUGCACCGGUCUGGUUGUGACCCUGAUCAAGUACCAGGAGGUGGUGGAAGAGCUGAGGAUGUUGACCUUUCAGCAGAUGGCAUGGCGAGCGAACGUGACUGGCAUGAUGGGGUUAGCUGGCCUGAAGAAGGACAUUGAGCGCAUAAGAGCUGACACCAACAAGUCCGUGCUGGAACUUCGGGGCUUAUUAGACUGUACCAGGGUCACCUGCCCUGAAGGCUGGCUCCCUUUUCAGGGUAAGUGUUACUACUUCUCUCCAAGCACCAAGUCAUGGGAUGAAGCCCGGAAGUUCUGCCAGGAGAAUUACUCUCACUUGGUCAUCAUCAGUAACUCUGAUGAACAGGACUUUGUGGCCAAGGCUCACGGAUCUCCACGGGUGUACUGGCUGGGGCUGAAUGACAGAAAUGUCGAAGGGGACUGGAGGUGGCUGGAUGGGUCACCCGUCACACUGAGCUUUUGGGACCCACAGGAGCCCAACAACCUCUAUAAUAAUGAGAACUGUGCCAGCAUGAACAAAGGUGGCACCUGGAAUGACCUCUCCUGCGACAAAACUACGUAUUGGAUUUGUGAGCGGAAAUGUUCCUGUUGAACCCAGAGUUGAGGCUGGGUGGAGGUCCAUCCGUACACCAUGCCCCUCGGCUCUUGGAGGUGAGAACCUCCUGCCCUUCUGAUGUGAACGGUGGGAACUGACAGCACCCAAGGUGGAACCAGCAGCCUGGACGCAGCAAGGUCUCUGGGGUGUGAGUCAGAUCAUUUCUGGGGUGAGGACUUGGGGGCGUGUUCAGUUGCAUUGUGUUAGUCUGUUCAGGCUGCUGUUACAAAAUAUUGUACACUGGAUGGCUUAUACAUAACAGACAUUUUUUUUUUCUCAAAGUUUUGGAAGCUGACAAGCCCAGGAUCAAGGCUCAGGGAGAUACAGUGUUUAGUGAUGACCUGUUUCCUGGCUCACAGAUGUCAUCUUCUCACUGUGUCCUCACAUGCUGGGAGGGGUGAGAACUCUCUGGGGUCCAUUUUUAUUUUUUAAAGACUUUUUAUUUUGUAUUGGGGUAUAGCCGAUUAACAAUGCUGUGAUAGUUUCAGGUGAACAGUGAAGGGACUCAGCCACACAGACACUUGUAUCCAU